GGCUCGUUAGUGGCUUCUGCUUUUUGGGGACGAGGCUUUGCUGUGAUGGGGAAAGCCCGGUAUGUGCGGCAAAGAAAAAAGAAAAGAGAUGUAGGUGGUGGAGGCAGCCAUUGUCGUCUGGAGAGCCGCUGUCGUUCAGCCCGCGUCAGAUGUGGCUUUCUGACCCCAUGGCGGCCGUAUUCAUCGAACCCAUGCUGGCCAGGUUGGAGGGAGGCAAUCCUACUGGUGGUUAUUUGCGCCGCUGCAUUGGGGCAAAGACGGUCGGGUGGGUUGGAUGCGGUGCAGCAGCAUCCAGAAGCCAGCGGGCAAAGGGGUUUAGGGCACAAUUAA